AUGACAGAAAUCACCCCCUCCCCCCCUCUCCUCUCCACGCUCAACGGGAAAGUCGCCGUCCUCACCGGCGGGGCGAACGGGAUCGGCGCCUCCACCGUAAGGCUGUUCACCUCCCUCGGCGCUCGUGUCAUGUUCUGCGACCUGGACUCACAGCAUGGAGAAGCCCUUGCAGCGGAGCUCGGGCGGGAGAAAACGAGGUUCCUUAAGCUGGACGUGACGGACUACGAGCAGCAGUAUGAGCUGUUCCGCACUGCCCUGGAAACGUGGGGCAGAAUAGACGUCGUAGUCGCCAACGCCGGUCUAACAGAACUCGGUGACAUCUUCGGCUUGUCCGAGGACCUGAGCCUUCCCCCCUCUAUGGGGGUAAUCGACGUCAACCUCAAAGCUGUUAUCUAUACUGCCCGCUUGGGAGUGGGGUUCAUGCGCCCCUCGGGAGGGGGGGCGUUGGUCCUCGUCUCUAGCGUGGCGGGGUUUAAGGAGAGCCCGGGGCUGUGGGUGUAUGGGGCUAGCAAGCAUGGGGUCUAUGGGUUGAUGAGGUGCUUGAGGAGCGUGUCGGGGCCUCAGUGGGGCGUGUCGGUCAACGCUAUCUGUCCAUGGAUGACCACAGAAACGGUCAUGGUAGAGGGUAUCGAAACCCUCUGGGACAAAGCCAGCUUACCCACGAACGAGCCCUCCGAUAUCGCCAUGUGCAUCGCAACCGCCGCGACAGCGAACAACGACCCCAAGUCCCGCCAUCCCGGUGCCGCGACGCCCUUCAACGGGAAAGCGCUCUUUAUCAGCGGAGGCAGGUUCUACGAGAUAGAGGAUAACAUCGAUCGUUUGGAACCCGAGUGGCUUGGUGCGCAGAACUCGAGGGACCUGUUCAAGGGACAGGAGGUUCUGGGGAGCGGGGAUGGAUGGACUAGCAAGCAGUAG